AUGCCUGCACCCAAGCUUAUCUUCGGCUCUGGCCUCUUCACCAAGGAACACGGCUACGGUUCUGCCCAAGACUGCAAGCCGUGGCUUGAUGUCCUGUUGGACAACAAGGCCAAGGGCCUCAUCAACGAGAUCGACACCGCAGCUGCCUACCAGCAAUGUGAAGGGUAUCUAGGUGACCUCAAGUUCACCUCUCACUUCGAGAUCGGCACCAAGGUCUUCGGUGGGGCUCAUCCAGCCCAGCCUGCCACCAAGGACGCCGUUAUUGCUCAGGCCAAGGACAGCUUGAGCAAGCUGGGCGUUCAGCAGAUUGACAUCCUAUUCAUACAUUGUCCCGACUAUCGUGUCUCAUUUGAAGACACGCUCUCAGGAAUUGACGCCCUAUACAAGGAGGGCGCCUUCAAGCGCUUUGGCCUUGCCAACUACAGACCAGAAGAAGUGGAAGAGGUCAUCAAGGUCUGCAAAGACAAGGGCUUUGUGCUCCCAUCUGUCUUCACGGGCAGCUACAGUGCCGUUGCUCGUCUGCCAGAGAGAGAGCUUCUGCCCCUUCUCCGCAAGCACAAGAUCGCAUUCUACGCUUACAGCCCCAUCGCAGGCGGCUUACUGGCCAAGACAUCCCAGCAGUUCCGUGACCAGUCAUUUACUGGCCGAUGGGACAAGGCAGGCUUCUUGGGCAAGGUUUACCAGUUCAUUUAUAACAAGCCUAACGCCCUAGAGGCGUUGGACAAGUGGCACGAGAUUGCUGCGGCUGAGGGCAUUUCGCCCGCAGAGAUGGCUUAUCGCUGGGUGGCCCACAAUUCUGCGUUGGAUGGCUCACUGGGUGAUGGCAUUAUUAUCGGCGCGACUUCUAUCGAGCAGUGGAACAGCAACCUCGAAGCGAUUCAAAAAGGCCCCCUGAGUGCAGAGACCGCCAAAAAGAUUGACUCACUCUGGGGACCAGGCUUGGAGUCAGAUUCUAUCUUGGACAACUGGGCAGCUAUCCAGGGAGUGACGGCAGCGAGUAAGAAGUAG